GCUGCGGGAGAUUAGAUUAAUUAUGAUUCAUGCUGCAGCCACGUAGCCAGUUCUAAUAAAGACUUACAGGAAAGACAGAUUCAACUGGAACCCCGAGGAACAUCCCACACGUCGGAUCGUCGUCCCGACGGCUGCACAACUUUCGCCUGGAAGCGCGGCAUGUGUCGUGCUUGAGACAUGUGUAGACACGGCGGCGGUUUCUCAUCUCAAAGCCACAAGUGCGGGAGCGGCAGCGGUACAAGCCGGAGAGAAGAAAUCGAGACUGUAUUCUUAUCUGGUCGGCCUGUAACAUGAUUUAUCAUGUGUACAUGCACAACGUAUGUACUGGUCGUUGGCAUAACAGUAACAGUGAGUUGUUACACAACUCACUGGCCAACAGAGUUGUUACACAAUGCAUAAGUGCCGGUUGGCGUUCGAGCCACAGUGCGUUGCUGUAUAACGCACUGGCCAACAAAGGCAUAUUACGCAACACGGAAGUGCAUCCGUUUGAAUGUCAUAACUUCUAUUCACUAUACGCCAAUAACGUUGUGUAACUGGACGUUGUCUUGUCCAUCUGUUCUCAUAUAUAAGUCCUAUGUUUUCAAUACUAAAAAUCGUUGAUAGUUUUAGUCAGUCUUAGAUCAAUAAAGACUUAUACCAUCUAGCCAGCUUUGAGUUACAGUUAGUAAGAACCUACGUUACAAAUGGUGGCUCCAGUGGUCUUUAAAGUGUUUACUAUCAACCUCCAUUGACCUUUCCACACUGAUCCCACUGUAUCUACCGAUCUUUAUGGAUUACAAUGGAUUACAUUUGACCUUUAUGUACUAAACUGACAUCAUAGUUCCAUACAGCUUACUACAUAAGUGAACUAUCGGUUCCGAUCCAGCUGUCUACAUCUGACAUUUCAGUCCGAUUCCUGUUUCUGCUAUAACCCUGACCUUUCCAUAUUUGUCCACCAUAUGUACUGAACGGAUUACUCUGUGACCUCUUAUCAGUUGAUGCCGAACACUCGUAGUAACACCGACAUACCGGAUAAGAAUUUUGAGCAAACCGACAUCGAGCUGCGCCUUGCCAACCAGGCAGGUAAGACACGCAAUACUGACAAUAGAGCGACAGACACAGACAGUGACCUUUCCACAACAUCAACGCCAAAUCCAGCAACAAUGACCACUAUCACAUUUGAGGAUACCCAAGUGCAAGCAAUCCAUACAGGACUACAACCACUGAUUUCAAAACACGACAUCCUCAGACGGUUUAGCCUAAACGACAUCCCAAUCCUAAUUGACCUUUACAACGUGAUCACUGUUACUGACGAAGCUGACGCACUAUCCCAACUCCAAAAUGGAACUUUUCCAUUCAAGAUGUCCAAGGCUGACCUUAAAGCAUUGUAUCUAGCAACAAAGGAUAGGGCCUUCCAGUCAUUAAUCAACACAAACAAUGUGUACGGAAGAAAGAUCGACCAACUUCUUCAAGAAAUGACCUCACUUAAACAACAACAACAGCAACAACAACAGCAACAACAACAGCAACAACAACAGCAGCAACAACAACAGCAGCAACAUCAACAGCAACAACAACAGCAACAAACUGGAUCAACUCCCAUUACUACCAUUCUUCAAACGUCCGGAAUGCAACUUUCUCCUAAAGAUUUCCCGAAAUUUGGCGGUGAGUCACACGAAGAUGUACGCGAGUUUACCGAACGCUACGAAAGUUUUACCCGAGUUUAUGGAUGGACGGAAGCGACAAAACUGACGAAUCUUAACUUGUGCUUCAUCAACAAUGCCUUAAGAUGGUGGGAAUCGGAGCAAACCAAACAUGUAACCUGGAUCAGCGCGAAGAACGCCCUGCUUAAAAUUUUUGGCCCUACUGACCUGGACUACGACCUGAAGAAGGAAGAAUACCAGAACCUAGCGAAGUCGGAUCCUCCAUCAUACGUCACGAAAGUCCUGAAAAUGUUUGAUGUCAUCAACCCUACAGCCACUGAGCACGAAAAGGCGAACGAAUUAUUUCGUGAACUCCCGACACGCAUGAAAUCGAACUUUGUCACCAAUCGACCGACAACCGUAGCCCAGUUCCUGGACAAGCUGAAGACCGAGGCAACUAAGGAGCAGUACAAGGAAAAGGCCCAAAGGGAAUCAGAGGCUGAUGACUCAAAAGCAAAGGUUUUCUUUACGGAAACACGGAACAGCGAAAUAACUGAUUUGUCUAAACGCCUGGAUCAAGUAGUCAACAUUGUGGAAAACAUAACACGAGGAUCCCAGCCCAACUUCCGGCGUAACGAAAGCCGAUUUAACGGACGCAACACUCGUUCAGAUGCAAUAUGUCACCGCUGUGGUAAUAAAGGUCAUAUGCAGAAGGACUGUUGGACAAAAUGCAAUAAAUGUGGAAGAAAAGGUCAUGUCGCUCGCGAAUGCAGAAGCCAGGGACGAAAUACGGACCAGAAUUACAGAAGAAACCCGAACAAUUUUUCCAGGGGAGGAAAUUCUAACCGCGACAGUAAUAAUAACAAUAGGCAACCGUCGUACUUCAGCUACGAAGAACACGACGACACACUGGAAAUACCUGAGUUAAACUAAAGGC